UGAAGACCUCACCAUCAGCAUCAAACUUCUUCAAAAUGUCUGAAGAUAUACCAGAAAAGGUGAUUGGAUAUGAAAGAUUCGUCAAUGAAGUGCUUAGGAAAGAUUUAGAGAAAGUUCUUGCAUCAAGAGAUGAGAUAUUUUCACAAAUUGCAGAGUACCUCCAGCUUAAAACAACCAUUGAGAAGAUUCAGGAGACAGGAUAUGAAAAUGAAGAGCUUAAAACCCAAAUAGAUCUUGGUUGUAACUUCUAUGCACAAGCAAAGGUCCAAGAUCCAUCUAUGAUCUUUGUUCAUGUUGGCUUUGGAUUCUUUGUGGAAUUCACUCUGAAAGAAGCUCUCAAGUUUAUUGACAAGAAAACAAAGCAUCUUACUCAGUACAGUGAGAAACUUACCCAAGAUUCUGCUAAGAUAAAAGCCCACAUCAAGCUUGUGUAUGAGGGUUUAAGAGAAAUUCAGAACCUGAACCAAGAGCUUCCCAAAGAACAAAGAUCCCUAUGGACAUGACAGGCUUCAAAUUGGCAAUGCUGUCAAACCUUAUAAUCUUCACUUGUCAUGCACUCUGUUAUAACUGCAGAAUAGACAAUGUUGAGGACUGUCGUGUCAAACCAUCAAGAUGGACUUUCUAUUGAGAAAAUGUGAUGGCUAACAAGAUUAAAGGUCUACCCAUUGGACAUGAAGAGAAGAUGGAUCCAUCUACAAAGUGUGAACUUCGUUAAACAUGACACAAAUGCGGCUGCCUAUGUUGAUUUUCUAAAAGUCAUACAUUUGGCUAAGUGGAAGCUUUUUUUUUCUGGAACAGAUCAUGCAAGGCAUGCAUGUCUUUCAAGUCAAAUUUUGCUUACAUUGAACAUAUAUCUCUAGUCCAAAGGUAUCUUAAGCAGACCCACUUGUACAUGGUAGCCUAUUGUUACCUCCUUCCCACUUUCAUUAUCUUCAAUGGCCGUGUGAUUUUGCAUGAUCUUUCACAGAAAUAUAAGGAUUAGAAGGUAAAAGAUGCAGUGUCAGAUAUUGCAUUCAACUAUAGUCAAAUCAGGCUUUGACUUAUAUGAUAAAUAGCCUGUUUAUUCUGAGCUUUUGUACACAGUAAAG